CUUCCCGAACUCAACAUGGCCGACUCAAACGCACUCCUCCAAAAGCUUGAUAUCCCAUCUGAAUUCAGGAACUACGCCUCGAUAACUGAAAGCGAUGUCAUCAUCCGCUUAGAGGAGUGGCGACGACAAGCCCAUGCAGUGCUCGCGGAGCUGCGUGAGCAGUUGAAAUAUCGAGAGAUUCUGUCGCAGGCAGAAAAGGCUGAACUCAUCGCCGCGGCGGUUCCGUUUGACGGCGACGGCCCAUGGACUUUGGAAACCACGAGAGCGCAGGCUCAAGAGAUUUUGCGUCCGUACUCGGAUCCGGAGGUAUCGCUGCUCGAAGAGCUUCUGGUGCGACGUGUUAAGCCAGCGUUCCAAGCCGUUCCGCAUCCGAUGCUGAAUACAUCGACUGGUCGCAUCCUUCCUAGGGCGGCCGGAGGACCUGACGCCGUCUUGGAUCACUUUGACAAUCAGACUUGGAAGGAUCGUCCAGGAACGAUUGACUUACUGGCCUGGUGUGCACGGCAUUGCGAGAAUGUUGCGUACGAGAAGCUAUGGCACCUCCUCAUCCCGCCAAUAAUGACACUGCUAGACGACUACGAGACUUCUUACAGGCUACGCGGAGUCAAUGUCGUUUCGGACAUGAUCCAGCGGGUUCCAGCAGACCUUCUACGGCGCACCGGCGUCGAUGGUCUUCUCUUCUCGUCGCUGAAGAAAUGCCUUGCAUUCCUCCAGAACCCCGAGACACCAGAACUCAUACGUGCCUCCGUGCCUGCAUGUGUUACGCUGACUCUCCUCACCACGCCUCCUGGCUCCGCUAAGCGAUUCGAGCAGCUAUGCGAGGUUCUCGGCGACGGCAUCAUCGGCAGUAUCUGGUUCUACGCCAUGCAUGAGCGGGACGCGAUUGAGGCUUCCAUAGACGUCCUGCCGGGCAUCGUGCACGCGCUGGGCAUCGGCACCGCGCGGUAUCUGAAAGCGAUCGUCCCGCAGCUCGUGUUCCCGCUUGCGCCUACGCCAGAGAACGCGGCGAGCCCGCGGCUCCAGCUGAGCUCCCUCCGUGCGCUUGCGGCAGUCAUCAGAGCGUGCGCGCCGCGCGUGCACAAAUGGAAGGGUCAAAUCCUGGAAGGGGCCCUGAAAUGCUGGGUCACUUUGCUCGACAAAGGUAGCGAGGAUGAUCUGACAAGGAUGUUACGGGAUGCGAUCAAGGAUGUGUGCGACGCACUAGCGAUUGCAUGUCCAUCGGUGAUAGAGGUCGAGUACUCCCGGUUGCUACAGGUCGAUCGACAGAUGUUCGAACCACUCCUGGACAUAUCUGUCAAGGCAUGAACGACGCGCUUCCAGAGCUCGGCAUUUGUUCAGCGGGCGGUCGAGCGCAAACCUCGGCGAAUCACUCCUGUCCAGCCUUUGAUCCCCGAGAUUUGUCCCGUGCUCCAGCAAGUACAUCACUUGCGCGGUCGUGUCCACCGCUGCUGUGGCACUGGUGUACGGCACAGCCGUACGCGGGGUGGUGGAUGACCGUAGUCUAUGCAGCGGCGGACCGGCGGGCCACCAGGGAGGGGGAGGAGUGCCGUGAGUGACGUG